AUGGAUUUUCCCAUCAUACGCCGUUCACGGCAAAGCGUCCCCGAACGCAAUGGCAAUGGGCCCGUCACAAAUGGCACGAUCGAGGAUAGAAUACCGCAUACGCAGGAACGCGACCUUCCCGGCGGUGCGAACUGGGUGGUGCAGAAGUUUGGCGGGACGAGUGUGGGUAAAUUCGGGGUGAAGAUUGCUGAGGAUAUUGUGCUGGCAGGUCUAUCGGCAUCGAAGAACCAGCGCAUUGCGGUUGUGUGCUCGGCGAGGAGUACCGGGACGAAAGCUGAAGGGACCACGAACCGACUUCUGCGUGCUGCGAGGGAUGUCGAGACGGCUUCGGAGACGGCGACGAGGAAGUAUGUUGAAAUUGUGGAGGCGUUGCGGCUUGAUCACAUGAAAGCCGGGCAGGACGCUGUGCAGAAUGGAGAGAUCUUGGAGAGAUAUACUGAGGAUGUGAAUGCGGAAUGUCAUAAUCUUCUGAGGAUUUUGGAAUCGGCGCAAUUCUUGAAGGCCGUGACAAGUCAGACUCUGGACAUGGUCAUGUCUGUGGGCGAGAAACUGAGUUGUCUGUAUAUGACUGCUGUUUUGCAGGAAAGAGGUGCAAAGGCUGUGUAUGUGGACGCCAGCGAGGUUAUUGAUUUCCCAGUCAGUGGCAAGGGUCUAGGAGACGACUUCUACCGCAACCUGGCGAAGGUGUUGGGAGAGAAAGUGGUGGCAUUGGGCGACGAUGUGGUACCAGUCAUCACAGGUUUCUUUGGCAAGGUACCCGGAGGACUUCUGGAGCAGGUUGGAAGAGGCUAUACGGACCUCUGUGCUGCUCUAGUAGCGGUAGGACUUCAAGCACGCGAACUCCAGAUCUGGAAGGAAGUGGAUGGUAUCUUCACCGCCGAUCCGAGAAAAGUGCCCACAGCCAGUCUGCUGGAGUCUGUGACACCCGCCGAAGCCGCAGAGCUGACGUUCUAUGGUUCCGAGGUUAUACAUCCUUUUACCAUGGACCAGGUGAUCAAGGCUAGUAUACCAAUCCGCAUCAAGAACGUCAUGAAUCCAAGGAAUAAGGGGACGGUCAUCGUUCCGGAUCCUCAAGAUGAUUUGGAGAAGCGACGGAGUGGGCUGUUCAGGAACCGCUCAGCGUCAAACCUCCUUACCAAUGGCAAUGGAGCGGCAGCAAACAGGCCGAAACGCCCGACAGCUGUUACGAUCAAGCCAUCUAUUACGGUACUGAAUGUGCACUCCAAGCGCAGGACGCGCGCCCAUGGCUUCUUGAUGUCCAUCUUCUCCAUCCUGGACAAACACGGUCUCAGCGUCGACCUCAUCAGCAGUAGCGAGGUCCACGUGAGCAUGGCCCUGCACAGCGAAUCCGCCCUCCUAUCCGGCAACGGCGAAGAAGAGCUCAAGAUCGAAGACAACAGUCUUCGCGGCGCAGUCGACGAUCUUAGCCGCUGGGGAGACGUGGAUCUCGUCCCCAAUAUGGCCAUCAUCUCCCUAGUCGGCAGGCAGCUGAGGAGUAUGGUCGGGAUCAGCGGAAGGUUCUUCUCGACCCUUGGGGAGCAUGGGGUGAAUAUCGAGAUGAUCAGCCAGGGUGCUAGUGAGAUUAAUAUCUCGUGUGUCAUUGAGGAGCGAGAGGCGCAGAGGGCGCUGAAUGUUGUUCAUACUAAUCUGUUUACUUUUUUGGAGUAG